CUUAGCAACCAUAGACACCAGGCCCUGCUGCAUUAAAAGAGUGCAGUGAGAGGUUGGUUGAUAUUUUUGUGGUCUUCCACGAGAAUAUUCAUAACAUUUUAGGCCUGAAUGUUCAGAAGUGCUGUGCUGUAAUAAGGAAGCUGAAUGGAUUGCAUUUGCACUGGCCAGGAUUAUAGUCACAGAACCAUAGAGCUCAGUGAUGAUGAGACAAAUGCAGAGGAAGCUCAAACAGAAGAUGAGGAGGAGGAGGAGGAGGAUGAAGAUGAGGAAGAGAGGGAAAAAUGUGAAAAGGAAAAAGAUGGAGAAGAGCCUGUUGAACAAGUAGAGCAGCAAGAGAUCAAAACAACCCAAGCAAUGCCUCAGGAAAAGGAAGAUGUUGAAGAGGCUACUGUUCCUGAUGGACCAAUAAAAGGUUCUGGGCAUAAAGACACUUCCAGUCCACUUAUAGAGGAGAGGUUACAAUCCCAAAAUGAAGCCAAGCAGAACAAACCAAAAAAUCUCUUUGGAUCUAACAGCAAGCUCUCCCUAUUCAAGCGGAGGUCUUCCAUCAAAGACAAGCAGAGGAAGGAGAAAGCAGAAGCCUCAGUGGAGAGCACUACAUCAGCCAAGCCUUCCAGUAAAAUCCCCUCAGGCAGUUCAGACAGUGGGGAUCCGGGGAAGAGCUCCAGUGUUGAAGACCCCAACCCCCGGCCCCUCCGGUCCCGCUCAGCCACGUGCAGUCUUCUGUGAUUGUUUCAGUGGACCCAUUAGACCAGCAUUUUCAGACCCUUUCUCAAGGACAUGUCCAUUGCAGUUUAUUGUUUCCCCAGUCUGAUGCAUUUGUACUUAAGUGUGGUGCAUUAGAGCAGGCAGGAAAACUGUGGAUUCCAGAGGUUCUCUCAGGACUAAUGCUAAGAAUUUCUGUUCUUAGCAAAAAUGGACAAUCUGUAAGCGCUAACCUUGUACCUACGAAGAGUCACAAGUUAAUUAGGUACAUCUACUUGUAUCUGCAUUCGCUGGCAGUUCAUUUACACCUGUCUGUUAGAUGUACCGUGCUGGACUGUACAGGCCCUCAGUCACUAGAUAACAUUUGAAUGAAAGACCAUUUUUAGCACAGCAUUGACACCCACAUGGUAGAGGCAUGCUAGCAGCGUUUCUGUUUUUUUAUUUAUUUAUUUAUUGAAAACUACACUUCCUGGCCCCUUUUUAGACACACAUGUUGUAUGUAGUAUGUAGGUUAGAACUUCAGAGGAGCAUUGGUGACCACUAUACUAGUCAACAUUGUAACACACAGUAAAUUACUAUAGCAUUACUAUAUUGGUGUCAAUACUAUGCUGAUAAUGGCCAACGACUAAAAUAAUACUAUGUCAGUGGUGGUACUGUGGUGGUCCGUUCAUUUCCAUUGGUAGCGUGCAGCUGACUCAAACAAUGCAGAGACAGAUGGGUAACAGUCUGUGAAUGUAAACUACAAAUUAGCUUGUGGGUUUAUCUAGGGUGACCACAUAUUGGUUUUCAAAACAGAGGACACUGGGGCCAAGAGGGUGGCAUGAAAGCAAAGCCAAAUCCUGGAUGUUAGACACUUUUUAGAAAUCCUGGCUGUGCAAAAGGUGCAAAAAGAGAAUAUGUCCUGGACAAAAACAAUGCAUGGUCACCAUAGUUUACCCAGAAGGAAAAUGUAGCUAAUAUGUGGUUAACUUGUAUGAUAUUAAAAUGACCGCCUCUAGCAGCAGGGGCUUGACACCUGGAAUAGCAGCGACAGCCAUAACGUGCCUUGAAAACACUACACAACCAUUGAGGUUUUGCUCAGUUGAGAUAUUUUGCAAGGCACUCCAUGUGAGCCAUUUGAAUUUUGGUACUAUGUUUCGUUUCUUGUGUGUGUGUCUGUGUGUGUGUGUGUGUGUGUGUGUGUGUGUGUGUAUUUAAUCACAAUUUCUUUCAUACAGUUUGGUUUUUACAUAACGUGUAUGCUAGUUAGUGGUUUGAUUGUAUUAUGUGUAUCAUAUAUUGUAAAAUGUGUUUUAGAGUAAUUAUUUAUUUAUGCUUAGUCCAGUUUUCUUCAAGACCCUUGCACUUUUGGCAACAUAGGGUAACAACAUUUGUAUUCGAUUGCCAGUGGGAAUUUUCUUAUAUUCUUUCACGUGUUGGAUUGAGUGUGUAAUAAGUAAAAUUACUCUACAUGUU